CCCGCACGACGAAUCAAACCAAACAACGGUUUCCAAGCGAUUGUUCCGUCGAAGCCGGGGAAUCGGCGACUUGCCUACGACUUAUCAACAGGCUGUGGAGGCUUCGGAAUGGUAUGAUCAUUCGCAUUCUAGUUUUGUUUCCGUUUGAAGCCAUGGGGAAUAGUUUUUCGCUCGUUGGAAAGUUUGUUGCGUGGAGAUUCGUUGCUUUUUCUGUGGGAGAAGAGAGGUAUUGCUGAAGGGAAUGUAGGGUUUUUUGGGUGAUGAGAUAGGUUCUGCAUUGUGUUGUUUUGGCUCGGUGAGUGAUUUUUUGCAUGCUUCUGAUGACGAUCCUUCUGCGUUUAGUGGUUAUGGGUGUUGGAUGUUGAGAAUUCUGCAUGUGAAGGCUUGUUUGGGAAAUUAAGCUUGUUCCAGUAAAAGUUGCAGGAUCAUUGUGAUUACCAUGAUUGAUUUGAAUUCAUCGCCUGAGGUUGAACAGAAUUACUUUACUGCGAUGCUUCCAUGCUCAGGUCAUGGACAUGAUCUGGUUGAUUCUGCUGUGAACUCAAAUCGGUGGUUGGGUUCUGAUUGUUUGAACCCUGACAAUGUCAUGGAGAUGCUCAAGGAUGGUAGAAAAGAGGCCAAAACUGAACUACGGAGAGGUUUUCGUUCAGGCUUGAAGAAUUACCUCAAAUCAUCUGUGGUUAAUGCUCCUGAAGUACACCGAGAUAGAUCAUCGGUAGAUAAGGAAACGUUGAUCACAUCUUCACAGGAUUCUGAGUUGGCGCCAGGUUUGAGAAGAGAGCAGAGAGAUACAAAUAGUAUUGAUGGUCUUCUUAUGGAUAGAGAAAGGGACUUUUUGCAUGGGUCAGAAGAUGGUCACUGCAGUUGGAUGGAAGAAGAUGCUUGUAGGAUUGAAGCUCUUGACUUUGCCAAUCAGUGUCUUGUGCAGUCAGAUUUUCCAGAAAUUCUGGGGAAGGGCGCCAAUGCGGUCUUAUUGUCUGAUGACAGAGUUAGUUGUGCUGAACCAAUCGAUGAUGAAGAUAACCAAUGUGACGAAGCUGCUUGCUUCUCUGGACAAGAAGCUGAUUUGUCGGGUACUUGGACAAGAAGCCGAAUGAGUGAAUUGAGCGGUAAGAGCCGGAUGAAAAAGGUCUGUGACCAUUGGGGAAAAAAUCUCAAGGCCCAGCAAUCACAAGAAUCUCCAGAUUCGAUAUCCAGAGCUGCUAAGAGGAAGAGGAGCCAUUCAUCUAAAUUGGCCCGCUCCUCACAAUGGGGGCUAUCUAGAUAUAUGUCACAAUUUUACUGCAGGACCCAGGAACAUGUGUCAGACAAAGAUCCAAAUCAAUGCUCUCAGAGAUAUUCUGGUGCUCAGGUUGAUCGACGUAGUUGUAGCCAUCCAAAUGGGGAAGAUGCACCAUUUUCAAGUGAACAGAAUCAGGCUUCUAAAGCCUGCAUUCGGUUAAAGGUAAAAUUUAGUAAAUCUGGUCUUGAAAAUAAACUAAUCGUAAAACAUCGGGACAUCAAUGGUGACUCUCUGGAUGUCGUAAAACAUGAUAGCAAGGACUUGAAGUGUCACAAGUUUUCUCAACAAUCAGCUAGAGAUGCUGCUGAUAUGGAUAUAUCACCUCCCUCCAAUGUGGCCAGUUCUUCACCAGGUUCUGAAGUCAUCAAUUCAUUACCUUUUGUUGAUGUUGGGGCUAAAGAUCAAGAUGACCUGUGCAGUACUGUAUUGAUUGUUUCUGAGGCAGAACUUGAGAAUUGGAGUAGAGGAAGGGAAAGGAGAAUGAAGGUAGAUAGCCACAAAUGUACAGAAAUGAGUAUUGCAGAAAUUGUAAAAAAGGAGAGCCGUUGUUCUAGCCCAAGUUUAGAAGCUUCAAGCAACCUUUCCACUGAGGAGGAUCAGUCUUGUGAACUGUUCCCUUUGCUUGAAGAGACUCGAUGUGAAGUCUCCAUGGGAACUCAGAAAAUUCCAGACCUUGAUCCACAGUUUCCUGGGCCACAGAGUUCAAGGAAAGUUCUUUCUUCCUGUGAAUCCGAGGGGCAACAUAGUUCUAAAAGUGUAAAAUCCGAAGAAGGAAGCAAUGGAAGGAGAGAAUGUUUGGAUUAUUGGAAGGGAAGAAAGAAAAUGAAAUCUGGAUACAUAAAAAACCAACAGAAGCUAGUUAAACACAGUAAAGACGAGAAGGAUGCUUGUGAUCCCUGUCUGGAGAAAGUAAAGCUUCAGCACAGAGAAGUAGGCUGCCACAGAGCAUCUUCUGUUUCAAGAGCAGAUACCAAAGACUAUGUUGCAUCACUCAAUGUGACCACUAUUGGCGUGACGCCAAAUGGUGUAGUUGAGAAACUUACCCCUUCAGAUAUUGCAUGGGUUCAGUGCGAUGAAUGUUUCAAAUGGCGUCGUGUCACCAGAGACAGAGAUUACUCUACUUCUCUGAUUUGCACCGAUAAUUCAGAUGAAGCUUUUGCUGAUUGCUCUGUGCCCCAAGAGUUAUCAGAUGAAGGAAUCAGUGCAGAGCUAGUUGCAUAUGAGGGUGAUUCUAAACUAAGUAAAGUUGCCAAGGUGUCAGAAUCCAGAAAGAAACCAGCUCCCAAGACUCCAUUUUUUAGGGGGAUCAAAUGCAACCAGUUUCUGCACCGAUCCCGUAAAGCACAAACAAUUGAUGAGGUUCUAGUCUGUCAGUGCAAGGCCCCACCAUGUGGUCGAUUGGGCUGUGGAGAUGAUUGUCUCAAUAGGAUGCUCAAGAUUGAGUGCGUCCAAAGCACUUGUCCUUGUGGAGAUAAUUGCUCCAACCAACAGUUUCAGCAGCGUAAAUAUGCCAAGGUGGAGUUGUUCAAUGCUGGUAAGAAAGGUCACGGUUUGAGAGUUCUUGAAGAUGUAUGCGAGGGGCAUUUUAUUAUCGAAUAUGUUGGAGAGGUGCUUGAUGGGCAAGCUUAUGAAUCUCGACUGAAUGAUUAUGCUGCUCAGGGUCAGAGGCAUUUUUACUUUAUGACAUUGAAUGCAAAUGAGGUGAUCGAUGCAGGUGCAAAAGGAAAUUUGGGCCGCUUCAUCAAUCAUAGCUGUUAUCCGAAUUGCCGCACUGAGAAGUGGAUGGUGAAUGGAGAGAUUUGUAUCGGAAUAUUUGCAUUGAGAGACAUUAAGAAGGAAGAGGAGUUGACAUUCGACUAUAACUAUGUAAGGGUAUUUGGAGCAGCUGGCCCAAAGUGCUACUGUGGCUCGUCCAGAUGUCGGGGUUAUAUAGGCGGUGAUCUUCUUGAUAGGGAUGUAAUUGUGAAAAGUGAUUCAGAUGAAGUCCAUAUUCUGGAAGAUGAUAUUUCAAACCCUGUUACUAGAAAUAGCCCAUUUAAUUAUGCAGAAGUAAAACUAGCUGAUGAACUUCGAAGGGAGACAGAGGAAAUGAUCGAUCACGAACUUGAAGUUUAUGAAGUGGUUGCUCAUCCAGAACCUGAUGAUUCCAUGGAUCACUUUGCUCCAUCCAGUUCCCAAGUGGAAUAUUUGGAGGAUAGUUCUUUAUCGCCAGUCCAGCCUCAGGUGGGCUCCCUUCCACUGGAAGUUGUCACAAAAAAGGAAAUCAUUGCUCUCCAAUCAGAUACUUACUCAGAAAGGGAGACAAUAUGUCCUACUCUGUCACAAGAAGUAGCUUCUCCUGCUUUAGAGAGCAAAUUAUUCUGUGACGUUGAUCCUGGCUGCUCCAAGUCUUUCUCUGUUGAAGAUGGGAAAUAUUUGCAGAAGUCAUCUCGACAUAUGGAGACGAUUCCUUGUUUCUCCCUUUCUCGAGAGGAAAGAAAAGGCAAAAACAGUUCUCCUGAUGGCAGGAAAUUUCAAACCAGUGGGUCUGAUAACUCGCCGACCAAUUUUGUGAAACACAAAACAUUGUGUCGAGGUUGCUCUAAUAGACGUAUAGAAACUGCUUUUGCAGUUGAAAGCAAACUUACCGAGUUGCUGGAUUCUGAUGGGGGAAUAAGCAAACGAAAAGAUGCAACCAAAGGCUACUUGCAGCUUUUGCUUCUCACUGCAGGUUUGCCUGGAGUUGCAAGCAAAGAAGGAAUACAGAGCAAUCGAGAUAUUUCUAUGGUCCUAGAUGCGCUUCUGAAGACGAGGUCACGAGCUGUACUGAUGGAUAUUGUAAACAGAAAUGGUCUGCAGAUGCUACACAAUACAAUCAAACAGUACAAGAAUGAUUUUAAAAAGAUUCCAAUCCUCCGGAAAAUUCUGAAGGUUUUGGAGUACUUAACUGUGAGGGACAUUCUUACCCUGGAAGAUAUAAUCAGAGCUCCUCCUUGUCUGGGAAUGGAGAGCUUUCAAGAUUCCUUGUUGUCGUUGACAGAGCAUGACGAUAAACAGGUUCACCAAAUUGCUCGAAAUUUUCGUGAUAGAUGGAAUCAUCAGCGUUUCAGAGGACGUAUGCGCAUGAACAAGGUUGAGAGCAUGAAAGGAUCUUGCAGACAUCGGGAUUAUAGUAGAUUCCCAGCAUCACAUGGCCAAACACCUGACCCAGUCAGAUCAUCUGAAUCAAUAACCUCUGCUCCUCAACCAAAACCCGAAACCCCUUCAUCGGGUAACAAGGAUGCUUUAGAAACUGAACCUGGUAAUUGCCAAACAACCGUUACAGGAACACGUAAGCGUAAAACGAGAUGGGACCAGCCCACAUCAAAACAUGAUCUCCAUUCUUCUCCAAGCCGGGAAGUGGAGACCCGCCCAAAAUCUUCCACGCCUUCAUGUCUGAAACUGAAACAUGAAGCUGUGUCUUCCAAAUUCAGAAAUCAAAAUGUCAAAGAUGGUAGUCCACCAGGGUUUGAGUGCCCUUUAGACCGAGCAGACAUAGCUCUUGCACAUCCACAAGAGAAGUUUAUUUCUCCAUUGCCCGUCUCAUAUGGGAUUCCAUUGGCUAUUGUGCAGCGAUUUGCACAAGACAUUCCUGAAGAAACAUGCGAGAAACUAGCCAUAGCCCCUGGUAUGCCAUUUCAUCCCUUUCCACCAUUACCCUCGAUCCCUCGUGACAGAAAACACCUACAUGCCUCAUCUUCAUUGAACUCUACAAGAUCCAGCAACCAAUACAGACGCGAACCAGAGUACCCGGGUGAUCAUCAGAGGCCAAUCAGAAGCGAAGUGAACAGAGUUGCGGCUAUGGAUGCAUCAUCAGACUUAUUGAAACGAAGGAGAGGUUACUGGUUUGAUCAGGACGGGAAUCGUUUUCAGGCAGGAGAAUUGGAGCGGAACAGCUACAGCAUACGAGGAGCCUUGUCAAAUGAGGAUCGAACCUCUUGAAGGAACGGUAAAAAAAAACCGUCGAUUCAUGUCAAGAUCUUUGCAACUAACAACCUAUUUCUUUAGCCCAUAUGCCGAAAUUGUAAAAGCAGAUCAAUGUACCUAACGGAUAUUAGGUUUUGGAGCGGCAUCUUGUUCCUGGUCAGGAUAAUGCAUUGUUAGGGACAUUCAUACCUCUGAUACCAGAAUGGAUUUACUCUAUAGUUAGGUCUGGAAAUUCAUACGUAUAUAUGUAUGUGUUUUUGAAUCGAUA